AUGGCUACAGGUCGAUUACUCCUUCCAUGGCUACAGGUCGAUUACUCCUUCCAUGGCUACAGGCCGAUUACUCCUUCCAUGGCUACAGGUCGAUUACUCCUUCCAUGGCUACAGGUCGAUUACUCCUUCCAUGGCUACAGGUCGAUUACUUCUUCCAUGGCUAAAGGUCGAUUACUUCUUCCAUUUCUUUCCUCCUCCACCGCUGUGUGCCCGAUGGCAAUGCUCUCGCGGAGGAGAUCCUUUUCAAAGUUCCUGAUGAUCAAGACGACGAAUGGCGUCUUUAGGGAAGGCGCCCCCAAGUUUGGCUCCUUGCCCAGGCGGUACAAAAGUACUACUACGAACGAACCGGAAGACUCACCUAUACAGGAGGAGAGCAACCACCACUUCAAUCACCACAGGUAUGUGGAUUUUUAUCGUGAUGAAUCAAUGAGCAUUGGCAUUGUACGUUUCAGAAAUACUAUCAAUGGAAAGAAAAAUAUUUUUGGAGAUUUUCUGGACGAGUUAAGGAAUGUAAUAGAACAUGUCACAAAUAUCAUCUCAAAUGAGGAGACGAAUGCCUUUUACAUAAAAGAAUUUCCACAGAAGGAUAACUACAUGGUGAAGAAUUUGCGCAACAGGAUUCCUUACGUGGACAACCGAUUGAAGGUUCUUAUACUUACUUGGGAUAAUGCAAAAACUCAGGGUCAGACUACCACCAUUUCCAGUACGCCCGACUAUAAUUCCUUCCUUAAAAAUGAUGAGCAACUGAACAUAGAACUUUCCAAUUCAUUCCGCUACCUGUGCAACACUAUCCAACAUUUGCCCCUCAUCACGAUAAGCACAAUUAACGGCCAGUGCUACAACAGUGGAAUGGACCUACUACUGUCUACGGAUUUCAAAUUAUCAAGUGAACAGAGUACCUUUGGUUUUAACAAAACACAUUUAGGGUUAUUUCCCUACGGAGGAAGCACACAGAAGUUGUUCCGAACCAUUCCAAUGAGUUACGCAAAGCAUCUCCUCCUUACAGGAGACACGAUAAGCGCUAAGGAUGCACUGAGGAUUAACCUAAUAGAUAUUUGUAUGAAUGAGAAUGAAGACCAUUUUAUUAAUACUUCAUGUGUUCAUUUUGACACGAAGUUUACAAAAACACAGAAGAUCGAGAUUUUAAAAAAAAGUGUUUUAACAUUCUUUGCAGAUAUUUUCUCAAACGAAUUAUUUGCUCACAAGACGAAUGAUAGCUCUUUUGUCUUUUCUCUUUUCUUUGCCUUCCAGUUUUUUUUCAUUCCGACCAAUUCUCUACAGAGUAUUAAAAUGAGUAUCAUGGAGGGCAUGUCUCUCAGCGAGCCAAACUUGUACUUGGAUCACGACAGGGCUGUUUUCGAGCGCAACGUCAACGCGCCUCAGAGGGGCGAAAUUCUCGCUUACUUGAAGCGCACAAUCAACAACCCGACCCCUACACCCACGUAG